AUGGAAGUAAUAGAGGUAUUUUUAACAACAUUCAGAACAAGUUUAGUCCCCACUAUUCCAAUUCAAAAUUAUUAUAAUGUUGUUAAAAGACGUUUAAUAUUCUAUACAUCAUUAAAUAAAGUUGAAUUAUUUUCAAGUAUAAUUUGUUUUAUUAUACCAAUAAUAAUAAUUGUUUCUUCAUCAAUAUUUGCUGAAAAUAAUGAUUUGAUUCAUGACUGUUAUAAAAAGUAUAAAUCAAUUGGUACAAAAUAUUUUGGAUAUUUAUUAAUUCCAAUUUUAUCAAUUAUGAUUUUAUUUUAUUUUAAUUUAUCAUCAUCAAAUAUUACAUCAAUUUAUCAACAACAAUUUUCCAAAAAAAAUUUAUCUACUAUUUUAUUUAUAAGUUUUAUAAUUUUAUUAAUAAUUAUAAAUAAUACUAUUGAAUUAUAUUCAUUUAAAUAUUUAAUUUUAUUAAAUUUUAAUUUAAAUAAUAAAUCAAUUUUUUUUAACUUUUUGAAAUAUUCAAUAAUUCAAAGUUUUACAACAGGUUUAUACCAUGGAAUUAAAAAACAUUAUGAACCUGAACAUUGGAUUUUUGAAAAAGAUUUACCUAUUGAAGAAUUUCAUUUAAUUCUUCAAAUUUUAAUUAAUUGGUUCCAUUUUUUCAAAUAUAUAACGGGAUUUAUAUAG